GUGGCGACAGUUUUCAACUAUAGAUAGUAUACCAGCUCUACUCUCUUGAUAAACAAACUCAUCUGAGGGCAUAUGCUGAUCACCAUAGUAAAUUGCACAAGAAAACUAAUAAGGAAAUCUGCGGGUACAAGAACAAUUUUUUAUCCUCGUCUUAAAAGGAUCCACUGGAAUAGGCCCGACUAUACCAAAAAAGUAAAUUUGCGGCAAUGGUUUUUUUACAAUUUAUUUCCAAAACAAGUUUAAUUUCUCAUUGUCGACGCGCUUUCACGACUCUCGUCGCGGGCAGAAACUAUUAUGUGGCUCACAAGAUUUCAACUAUCCUCAAUGCGCAGAGAACACAGCUGCAAUUGCGCCCGCUAUGGGGCUAUGUAGCGAUUGCAUUCAACAAAGUGGACAACGACCGCCUCAACAAAGUUGGUCCAGAUCGGCUUUGCGCUGAAUGGCUACUUAAAAAUGGCGGCGGUGUCGGUUUAGUGGGCAUGCCGAACAGAGUCGUAAAGGACUACAACAGUCUGCCACCAGAAUCCGUUAAAUUCAAUGUACAGGUAGUUGAUGCUUCGAAUUCAUCUGUUAUGAAGAUGGGUCUCGAUCAUUUUGCUGGUUGUCGACACAUCGACACUGUUGUUCUACACAAUUGUAAGCACCUUGAGGAUGGCGGGCUUGAAGGCUUGGUACAUUUGAAAGAGACCCUCAAAAAAUUGCAAGUUUCUGCUUGUUACAAUCUUAGAGACAGUUGUCUCGAUGUAAUAACUCAAUUGCCAGUGCUGGAACAGGUGCGUUUAUUCGAUUUGAUAUAUGUGAAGGAUUUACAAGGAGUGGCAACAAAAUUGAGGAAGGCAUUACCGAACUGUAAAAUUGAGCUAGGGGCCGCAGAGUAAAUUUAUUUGAGAUUUUAAUUUAGAGUCACGUCUAUAUACAUAUAUAUAGUACAUACAUAUAAAUAUUAAGUAUGUUAAACCAUCUAUUUGGACAAUAAAAGUGUUUGUAUAUCGACAGUAACUUUCCAUGUUUAUACGGA